CAUUACGCGUAAAUUAAAUGCUACAUAUUUUUCAAAGAAACAGAGGACCUGAAAAGAUAUAGAGUUUGGUUUUGGUUGAGCAACGGCAAUGGCAAUGGCAAUGACGAGUGGCGCAGAGGAAGUGAGGAACAAGCAGGUGAUACUGAAGAACUAUGUCUCUGAAAAAGCCGAAGAGUCCGACAUGCACGUGACAGUUAGUACCUUGAAGCUCAAGGUUCCACAGGACUCCAAGGCAGUGGUGGUCAAGAACCUUUACUUGUCGUGCGACCCUUAUUUGAGGCUUCGAAUGAAUAGAACUCAACCUCCUAACAGUGUCUUCACUUCAAUCACUCCUGGCUCUCCAUUAAAUGGGUUUGGAGUGGCUAAAAUUUUGGAGUCGGGGCACCCGGAGUUCAAGGAAGGUGACUUGGUUUGGGGGACAACAGGAUGGGAAGAGUACAGCAUCAUCACAGAACCAGAACAGCUCUUUAAAAUCCACCACACUGAUGUUCCCCUUUCCUACUAUACUGGACUUCUUGGUAUGCCGGGUGUAACUGCCUUCGUCGGUUUUCAUGAAAUCUGUUCGCCGAAGAAGGGAGAUUAUGUCUUCAUUUCUGCCGCAGCUGGUGCAGUUGGUCAGCUUGUUGGGCAGUUUGCAAGGCUGAUGGGAUGCUAUGUUGUUGGAAGUGUUGGAAGUAAAGAGAAGGUGAGUUACUAGCUUUAUAAUCAUUUUGGUAUAAAAUUAAUGAUUAAGGAGAACCCUCAUUAAGUGCAACUUUAAGCAAACAAAGUUCAAGCGACUAAACCAACUAGUAUUACUGUCUAGUGGCAUUCAUCUUCAAUUGUAAGUGAGAGGUCUCAUGUUCGAUUUAAAUGGAUGGCGCGGAUGUAUAAUAUUUGUGCUGA